AGUUGUGAGAGAAGCGCGCUCGCCCGCGCCUGUGGUUUGUGGUUACUUUUUUUUAUUCAAAUCCUGUGUUGUGUUCGGAUACAAUGAGGCUAAUCUUUUGGGUUACAGCCUUGGCUGUGCUCAGCUUAACAAGCGCCAAAAACUCGACAGCGAAAACAAAACCGAAACGACAACUCGAUAAUAUACGAUCGCCGCAUAAUCUACAAUACUCCUUGGUACUCCCACAUUCAAGAGUUGCCCAUUUCCAAUCUACAUCGAGCAACCGCAGGAUUUCCAAUGUACCUAGAGGAAAACUUCCGCCUUACGCGGUGCAAAUGGAACCAGUCGUCCAAUAUUCCCAAAAGGAUCCUCUGUACGACCCGAGCCAUGAUAAUUUAGAUGAUGCCGUAAUAAACAAAAAUGAAAUCCAUGCUCAACCAAAAAUUCUGAACAUUCAUGAUCAAUCGUCCGAAGGCUCAUUUGGACCACCCUAUGGAGCAUUGCCGACUGCACCUUUGUAUAGUUAUGAACCACAACCUCAUUAUAUAGAUGCUCCUGAACCUAUAAUUGAAAUUAUAAUUAAAGAAUCCAAUGAAUCACUGCCAGCACCACCCCCACCACCAAUUCAAAAAAAGAAAAAGGAACCAGUUCACGUUUUCUACGUGAAAUACAGUAAAGACCCCCACUCUAAGGAUAAAGUUGUAUACGAGAAACCAAUACCAGCUAUAACACCACCUUCAAAUGAUGAAGACGAGCAUCAUGAGGAAUAUGUCACUGUAACUCCUGAACCUUUAUAUUUACCAACUCGAACGACUACUUUAAGAGCUAUUAUUAAGCCUGAAUCAGAAGUAUAUCAUAGCGACAGUAGUGUUAAGGUGACUUUCGGAAGUGAGGAAAGUCAUUACGAUGAUCGGCGAGAAGGAAACACACCGCACGAAGAUCGUGAAGAAACUGCCCCCAGACCUGCUAUUGCUUUACCAAAUGCGCACCCAAGUCCUCAAACCUAUGAGCAUUCUGCUUCUCCCCAGCCGCAAUAUCGCGAAUCAGCAAAUAGACCUAUAUCACAUUCUAGUCCUUUAACAGAGCAUCUAUCACAUACAUAUAGAUCUGGCACUCAACAUGCCCAAAAUCGAGUUCAGUUCCAGCAAUCUUUCUUGGCUAAUGACUACCGGUUACCAAGACAAGGCCCAUCUGUAGCACCGUUUAGAAAUCAGCCACAUUCUACUAGACAAAGCCCAUUUGCACCAUCCCCUCCAAUAAGCUCACAUCCAACCUUUCCAAAUGCUUCUCCAAGUUCCCACUUCACGAAUAUUGCUCCGACCAUUGCAGGUCCCAUUGGUCCUGCCUUACCUACGUCAUUAUCUAGACCUACAUUUCAUGCUCGUCCAAGCAACCCUCCAGCUUUUGCUUCUAGGCCACAUUUUAAUAAUCCCACGAGAACUACUUUCCACUCUGGACCGCAAAGACCAUUCCAUCAACCUCAACCUCAACCCCAAACAUAUUUCGAUGAACCUAAAUAUUUGCAAGAGAAUUAUCAUACUAUUACAACAGAACAGGUAGAACCACCUAAGGUUCAGUUAUUACCAACUCGACAGGCGCAAAACUUUAAUUCUAAGCCAAGUCCUAGUCCUUCAACUGCUCAUUUUUCAGAGAGUAGACUUCAACUGAUUCCGUAUAAUCAACAACUACCACAACAACGACCACCUCAGCAAUUUAAUUCAGUUUCAAAUAAGCCAUCAUUUUCUGUUUCGCCUAUUAGAUCGCCCUUCUUUAAUUUAAAACCGUCCCCUCCUCAUGUUGAAAAUAACAGAAUACCUUUCCAGGCACAUCAGUCCAUUCAACAACAACCUCAACAACAGUUUGGUUUCCAUCAGGGAGCCCAACCAUUAUCUGGACCAUCUAUUCAAUUAUCAGCCCAACAAAACCAUAACUCAUUCUCAGGUCAUGUCUCCCCUUCACCCUCACCUAUACCCCAAAGUCAAUUUCUUCCCCAACCAUCAUCUCCUCCUCUUUUUAGCUUUCAUCCCCAACCCUCACCAACACCCAACCAACAACAUAGUUUUCAUCAGCAGCAACAAUCUGUGAGUCCAUUCCAACAAUCACAAAGCCAAACGGAAAGACCUCCUUCAAACUAUCAAAAUAUUUUCCAAGGUCAAACAAGCCAUGAACACCAACAAACUGUAGGUCAAUUUAUACCCAAUGAUGGAGAAUUGGUACCUUCGAUACCUAAAUACGAACAACAUAUUACAGUCGACGGACGAAAUCCUCAAAGCAAUUUUGAAGGCUUAAGUGAAACUAAGCAAUCGACCCCUCCAUCUAUAACGCAUGCACAGAACUAUUAUCAGCAGCAGCAGCAGCAGCAGCAACAGCAACAGCAACAGCAGCAACAUCAACAACAACAUCAACAACAAACUCAACAACAACAUCAACAACAACAUCAUCAACAACAUCAACAACAACAUCAAUUACACCUGCAGCAACAGCAACAGGAACAGCAACAGGAACAGCAACGACAACAGCUUCAACACGAGCGACAACAACAACAACAAGAAAAUCAACAACAACAUCAAGCUUUUGACGCCGAACAGGAACAAGUUAGACAACAAUUAGCCCAAAACGUUAGAAAACAACAAGAAGAGAUACAUCGUCUACAGGCGCAACUGGAUUAUAAUCAACAAUUACACCAACAUCAACAGCAGCAACAUCAACAACAGCAACAACAACAAAAUCAGUUUGUGCAAGAUCAAUAUAAUCAGUACAGAAAUAAUUACAAUCAACAAGAAAGGUCUAGAGCUCAAACACAAUUUGUCUCAAGUACACAAGCUCCUUACUAUCAAUCUACUUCUAGGACCGUUGAAAUUAAACCGACUACACAAAAAUACGUUUCCUCCACCGUCAACUCCUUGCCAUCCACUUCAGAACC